AUGUCCUCCUCGCAGCCAAACGAUUUUGUCGAAGAUGAUACCAGUACUGCACUGGAUGCUUCCUUGCUCGUCACUAGCAAGUACGAGGAGGAUAUUUUGCGUUUGGAACAGCGCAUCAAAAGCGAUAUUGCUGGUAUCGUGAAGCGCAAGGAUUUGGACUCGCUUCGUGAGCUCGGGGGAGUCGACCGUGUUCGUUCAGUUCUUAGUCGUCGUCAAUCAGAGGAGAGCAAUAUUAAUAAUGGGAACCAUCAAGUGUUGGAGGCCACUAACCAAGGUCAUGGACUGAGCCUCUCGUGCUGUUUUGUCAAUAGUUGCAGACGCAAUAGUUACACAAUUUCAUUACUCAUGAUCUCAGCUCUGUUGUCCUUGGCCAUAGAGAUCAAGCUGGAAGGACCUAAAUAUGGUUGGCAUGAUACUGCAGCUGUACUUGUUGCGAUAAUCAUGAUUAUCUCUUUCUCUUCUGUGCAAAGCUUUUGGCGUGAAAGAAAGAUGCUAAAAUUGUCACAGAAGAAAUGCAAGUUGAAAUUUACUGUUGUUAGAGGCGGAACUCUCCAAACGGUGGACAUAUCAGAUAUUAUGGUUGGUGAUACAGUGUGUCUUAAGAUGGGUGACGAGGUUCCAGCUGAUGGUUUGCUUCUAAAUAAUGAAAACUCUGUGCUGGAUGAGACACAGAUCCAUUUCUCUUGUUUGGUUCAAAAAUAUCUUUUGAGGGUGAAACUUCGAUGCUUGUAA